AAAAACUACAAAAUGAUGAAACACGAGAAGGAGGAGCUUACUUGUUUGCAUAGGAAUCCGAGGAAGAGAAGAGAGAGAGAGAGAGGAGACACAGACAGACAGGACACAAGCUCCCAAACGAAACAGGUCUGUGCCUCCUCUAUAUAGUAGCUAGUUUUUGGGACCAGAAACAAAGGACCACAUGGAUUAUGAAAGUAACAGUUGGAUAUGGGAGGGGGUGUACUACUAUCCACAUUUGUUUGGUGGUCUAAUGGUUACAGCAGCCUUGCUGGGCUUGUCAACCAGCUAUUUUGGAGGGAUUGGUCAUUUGCCACUUCCAUUUCCCUGGUCUAAUUCGGGGAUUUUUCACAAGAAGAAAUCAGGGAAGAGGCGCGUUCGGGUUUACAUGGAUGGCUGUUUUGAUCUGAUGCAUUAUGGCCAUGCCAAUGCUCUCAGACAAGCAAAAGCUCUAGGAGAUGAAUUGGUUGUGGGUCUUGUCAAUGAUGAGGAGAUCCUUGCCACUAAAGGGCCUCCUGUUUUAACCAUGGCGGAGAGGCUAGCCCUUGUGAGUGGAUUGAAGUGGGUGGAUGAGGUCAUAACUGAUGCUCCUUAUGCAAUUACUGAGCAAUUCUUGCAUCGUCUCUUUCAUGAAUACAAAAUUGACUACGUCAUACAUGGCGAUGAUCCUUGCUUGCUUCCAGAUGGAACAGAUGCUUAUGCUGCAGCAAAGAAAGCUGGUCGUUACAAGCAAAUCAAACGUACUGAAGGAGUUUCCAGCACAGACAUCGUAGGAAGAAUAAUGUCUUCUUUAAAAGAUCAAAAAACUUGUGAAGAUCAAAAUGGUACUGAUGUAAAACGUCAAGAAGAAAGCAUGUCAAAGGAUUCCCACAUAUCUCAGUUCCUACCAACUUCCCGACGCAUUGUCCAGUUUUCAAAUGGGAAGGGUCCUGGACCGAAUGCUCGUAUUGUAUACAUUGAUGGGGCAUUUGAUCUCUUCCAUGCAGGGCAUGUUGAGAUACUUAAGAGGGCUAGAGAGCUUGGAGAUUUUCUUCUAGUUGGCAUACACUCGGAUGAAACAGUGAGCGAACAUCGAGGAAAUCACUAUCCAAUUAUGCAUCUACAUGAGCGGAGUCUUAGUGUGCUAGCUUGCCGUCAUGUUGAUGAAGUCAUUAUUGGUGCACCUUGGGAAAUUACAAAGGACAUGAUCACAACUUUCAAUAUCUCACUAGUUGUGCAUGGAACUGUUGCUGAGAAGUCAUUACAUAGUGAAAGAGAUCCAUAUGAAGUUCCAAAGAGCAUGGGAAUGUUCCGCUUGCUUGAAAGUCCAAAAGAUAUCACUACCACUACGGUGGCCCAAAGGAUAUUGGCUAAUCAUGAAGCUUACGAGAAGCGCAAUGCGAAAAAAUCUCAGAGUGAAAAGAGAUACUAUGAAGAGAAAAAUUAUGUGUCUGGAGACUAGGCAUGGAGAGUAGUUUGAUUCUGCUCAUCAAACUUAGCCCUUUCAGCUUUCACAGAGAUGCUUGUUAUAGCAGUGCAGGAAUCUAUAUAUAUAGAUAUUUAUUGUGAAGGACAAAGAGUACAGAGCAUGGCAUAGAAUAGCAUCAUUUAAUUAUAGCUAUCACUUAGGAAUAGCAAUGUACUUCAAUGUCCUGACAUUAUUCUUGUCAUCUGAAAGGCUUCCAUAUGGUUUGCCCAGCAAUUUUAUGGCAUCUGGUUUUUUC